AUGCAUACCGCCAGGAACUUUGCGCUUGGCCUGCUCGCGGCUGCGGCAGUUGCCACUGCGUCCGACGUCGAGCAAUUGAAGAAGGACACCUUCGACGAUUUCGUAAAGACAAACGACAUUGUCCUCGCUGAAUUCUUUGCCCCAUGGUGUGGUCACUGCAAGGCUCUCGCCCCAGAGUACGAGGAGGCUGCGACAUCGCUGAAGGAGAAGGACAUCAGGCUCGCAAAGAUCGACUGCACAGAGGAGACGGAACUGUGCCAACAACACGGCGUCGAGGGCUACCCUACUCUCAAGGUUUUCCGCGGUCUGGAUAAUGUCUCGCCGUAUAAGGGCCCGCGCAAGGCUGCUGCCAUCACGUCGUACAUGAUCAAGCAGUCGCUGCCUGCCGUAUCGACGCUCACCAAGGAUACCCUGGAAGAGUUCAAGAAGGCCGACAAGGUCGUUCUCGUGGCCUUCUUCGAUGCCGCUGACAAGGCUUCGAAUGAGACCUUCUCCAAGGUUGCCGACAAGCUUCGGGACAACUACCCCUUCGGUGCCACCAACGACGCUGCUCUUGCCGAGGCCGAGGGCGUCACUGCCCCCGCCAUUGUGCUCUACAAGGAGUUCGACGAGGGCAAGGCUGUCUUCACGGAGAAGUUCGACGCCGAGGCGAUCGAGAAGUUCACCAAGACGGCUGCCACGCCCCUGAUUGGCGAGGUUGGCCCCGAGACAUACUCUGACUACAUGUCGUCAGGACUUCCCCUGGCCUACAUCUUCGCCGAGACGGCUGAGGAGCGCAAGGAGAUUAGCGACCUUCUGAAGCCUGUGGCCGAGGCCCAGCGUGGCGUUGUCAACUUCGCCACCAUCGACGCCAAGGCUUUUGGUGCCCACGCCGGCAACCUGAACCUCAAGACCGACAAGUUCCCGGCCUUUGCCAUUCAGGAGACGGUCAAGAACCAGAAGUUUCCCUACGACCAGGAGAAGGCGAUUACGCUCGAGGACAUCAAGACUUUCGUCGACGACUUCGUUGCCGGCAAGGUUGACCCCAGCAUCAAGUCUGAACCCAUCCCCGAGACCCAGGAAGGCCCCGUGACCGUAGUCGUGGCCAAGAACUACAACGACAUCGUUCUGGAUGACACCAAGGAUGUCCUGCUUGAGUUCUACGCCCCGUGGUGCGGUCACUGCAAGGCUCUUGCUCCCAAGUACGAGGAGCUCGCAGCCCUGUAUGCCAAGAGCGAGUUCAAGGACAAGGUCGUCAUCGCCAAGGUUGACGCGACGCUCAACGACGUUCCGGACGAGGUCCAGGGCUUCCCCACCAUCAAGCUGUUCCCCGCUGGCUCCAAGUCGGAGGCUGUUACGUACUCUGGCGCGCGAACUGUCGAGGAUCUGAUCAAGUUCAUUGCCGAGAACGGCAAGUACAAGGCGUCGGUCUCUGAGGAGGGCGAGGAGGCGUCGGCGGCGCCUGCUGCCACCGAGUCGACCACGUCGGAGGCGGCCAAGCAGACGGAGGACCAUGACGAGCUCUAG